AUGAAAAUUUCAAAUUUUCCAUCAAGCAAAAUGAUAUUUGAAAUGAACAAAAUCUCAUUAUAUUUUCGUAUCAAUAGAUCAGAAAUAUCACCGGCAUAUAUGGCUAAAGCUUAUUAUACAAUAGAUGAAAAUUGUGUCUAUAUAUAUGCUGGACUUUUGCAACCUCCAUUCUACUAUGAAGAAGGUAACUUAGCUACAAAGUUUGGAGCAAUCGGUUGGGUUAUAAGUCAUGAAAUUUUCCAUGCUAUUAGUAUCAAAGGUGUACUGAUUGAUGCAAACUAUAAUAAACGGACAUCGUUCUCUGCUUUAUUGUCAUCAAGUUCGAUACAAAUGAAACUCUCAUGUAUGCGUGAACAAUAUCGCUCCUAUGCAAAUACAUCGUACAAAGCCCUUCAAAUCGAUACUCAAGAAGAAAUUGCGGCUGAUAAUGGUGGAAUAAAAGCAGCUUACCAUACAUACAGGCGAUUGUUGCAAAAAUCUUUGGAAAAUGUUAGUCAAGAUCACGAUAUGCUACUUGAAUCUGAUCGAUCGUUCUUUCUUUCAUUUGCAAAGAACACAAAUGGUGCAUUUUUCAAUAUUACAAUGAGUAAUAUUCACCAUCUUUGA